CUGCGCUUAGAAUACAAAAGAGGAGCUGCUAACCAGAAAUUCGCCACCUUCCAGGAGAACAAUAUUUUACUAAUUUUAUUUGAAUUGUAACAGGCAAUACAAGGGCCACUCAGCGUGGAUUUAUUUUUUUGCAUCCGAAUUAAUAGAGGAAAGGCAUGGAAUUACUUUACUUUCAAACCGCUAUCGGAAAAAUAGCAUGGAUAUCGGAAUGGAGAUUACAGAUACUUAUGUUUUUUGCGUGUGCGAUACAAGCUUCAUACGGGCAGGUUCAAUAUUCUAUACCAGAAGAGAUGACGAAAGGUUCCUUUGUGGGGAAUAUCAUACAGGACUUGGGACUGGAUAUUAAACGAUUAAAAUCGGGUAGAGCUCGGAUCUUUACCGAAGAUAGCCGUGAGUAUAUUGGGCUGAAUACUGACAAAGGGACACUGAUAGUGAAAGACAGAAUUGAUAGGGAAGAAUUAUGUGGCAGUACGUCUCCAUGUACAUUAAAUUUUCAGAUUAUCUUUGAAAACCCAAUGGAGUUGUACCGUAUUAAUGUGGAAAUACUAGAUAUUAAUGACAAUCCUCCCGUUUUUCCAAACAAAGAAAUUAAUUUGGAAAUAAGUGAGUCGUCUUUUCCCGGGACGCGAUUCUUAUUACAGAGCGCAGUCGAUCCUGAUGUAGGACUAAAUUCUCUCCAGAGUUACUCACUGAAACCUACUGACCAUUUUAUAUUAAAGCUGCACUCUCGCUCUGACGGCAGCAAAUACAUAGAAAUGAUGCUCCAGACUGCUCUGGAUAGAGAAAAACAAAGAGAGCACAAACUAGUCUUAACUGCAGUAGAUGGUGGAAGCCCCCAGAAGUCUGGUACAGUUCAGAUAAAUAUAUUUGUAUUAGACGCAAAUGAUAAUGCCCCUGUUUUCAGUCAGGGUAUUUACAAAGCAGCCGUGAAGGAAAACGCAGAGAUCGGUACAGUGGUGUUGAAGGUCAGUGCGUCUGAUGCUGAUUAUGGAACUAACGGAGAAGUGACUUACAUAGUUUCUCACAGCAAAGACAGUACUUCUGAACUGUUUGAGUUAAAUCCCAUUACUGGUGAGGUGAAAGUGUAUGGGAAGCUGGAUUUUGAGAAAUCUAAAAAUUACGAAAUCAAUGUAGAGGCAAGAGACGAAGGAGGCUUAACAGACUCCAGUAAAGUGUUAAUUGAAAUUCUAGACGUGAACGACAAUGUUCCUGUGAUAACGCUAAUGUCAUUUUCCAACCCUAUCCGGGAAGAUUCUUUGCCGGACACUGUCAUAGCAAUGCUAAAUAUCAAAGACUUAGAUUCAGGAAAAAACGGAGAGCUUCGAUGUUCCAUUAGCGAGAAUGAACCUUUUCAAAUUAAAUCUUCUUCUUCUAAUUUUUUCAGUUUGGUCACAAAUCAGGUUUUGGAUCGCGAAAAAAUCUCAGAGUAUAAUAUUACGAUUAUUGCCACAGACGGGGGAUCGCCUCCUUUUUCUAGUAACAAAACCCUGACUCUCAGAAUAUCGGAUGUUAACGAUAAUGCUCCUGUGUUCGAGAAAAGAAUAUACAGUGCACAUAUUAUGGAAAACAACUCACCCGGGGUAUCUAUAUUUUCAAUUAAAGCUGUGGACGCGGACUCCGGGCCUAAUGCCCAUAUCUCAUAUUUCCUGCAGGAUACAAUAAUUAGUGGAAUUUCGGUUUCGUCAUAUUUUUCAGUGAAUUCGGAGAGCGGCUCCAUUCAUGCGGUGCGCUCUUUUGAUUAUGAGAGAAUUAAAGAGUUACAAUUUCAAGUCAAAGCGCAGGAUGGAGGUUCUCCGCCAAUGAGUAGUACUGUGGAUGUAAUUAUCUUUAUUAAGGACCAGAACGACAACUCUCCACAGGUCCUCUACCCAGUGCACACUGAUGGCUCUCUGGUGGCUGAAAUGGUGCCUCGUUCAGCAGAUCUACAGUGA